CUGUCCGAUGGAAAGUAUUCAGCAAUAUAAAACGAGGUGAAGGGAGAGACUACUCAAAGAGACGCAAGAGCGACCAAAGGGACGUAAAUACAUCACCUGCUAACUUUUGACUGGAGCUGUUUCACCUGCACGGAUCUGCACAUCUCUAUAGCACAUGUUUAAAGCGAUGCUCGUGAGGAACGGCUUUCAGCUUUUGCUCUUCAUAUCCCUUUGCAGUGUUUUUUAUACCCGGACCUUAAGUUUACCCUACCCCUCCAUGAGAGAUCCCAGACACGCAGACGGUCUCUUCACAAGUGGAUACAGUAAACUUCUCGGUCAGUUAUCGGCCAGACGGUAUCUGGAGUCGUUGAUUGGAAAGCGGGUCAGUGAUGAUUUGCUGGAAGACCAGGCACCAAUGAAGCGUCAUUCAGACGCAAUAUUCACAGACAACUACAGCCGCUUUCGCAAGCAGAUGGCGGUGAAGAAAUAUCUCAACUCGGUGCUCACGGGAAAGAGAAGUGAAGAAGACCCACCCAGCGUGCAGGAGGAGUUGACUGGUGGAGAGACUACGUAUCAGGAGAGCUACGAUGAUGUCACUGUAGAUCGACUUCUGAAUCAUAUACCAUUGCGUCUCUGAGGGCAGUUUGACCGCAACUCUCCACGACCAUCAUAGGUUUCCCAUUUACACCGUAUAGUUUAGGACAUCAGCAUAUGACGAAAACAACAUGUUAAACAAAAAAAUGUGGUUACCUAUGACGUAAAUGUUGCACUGUACAUAGAAAAUAAACUUUGAUGAAAGACGUUAGCUUGGAGAUGUACAUAAUGUGCUUUGGCCUCUGAGCCCACACCUUUGGCCUGUUUUCUGUAAAUUGUAGAUCAAUAAAAGUGUAUUGAAACAAGUCCCGGACUGGUACAAUAAGAGAACCGUGCAUUCGGACCUGAAGACCAGCGAUCGUAUGCACCAAAUAUAACACUCCAACAUGGAACGGUCAUGUUUCACCCUGCAUUUUGUACAUGGAAUUAUUUUGUAAAAAUGUUGCUGUCACGUCUAAAGGA